GGCCACGUCAGGCGGUGGCCGCGCGCCUGCGCCGCGUGGUCACGUGACCGCGGCGGCGUGGUGGCAGCGGCGAGCGGAACCCAGCGGCGCCAUGGCGGUGCCGGGCGGAGGUGCGAAGGAGGACUCGUUCAACGUGCUGGAUCUGGCAGAGUACACGAAGAACCGGCCCUGGUGGCGCAAGGUCUUCGCCCCCAGCUCUGGGUCGAGUGCUGAGAAAUACAAUGUGGCCACGCAGCUGGUGAUUGGAGGGGUCACAGGAUGGUGUACCGGAUUCAUCUUCCAGAAAGUUGGAAAGCUGGCAGCAACAGCAGUGGGAGGUGGCUUUUUCCUGCUUCAGAUUGCAAAUCACACAGGAUACAUCAAAGUGGACUGGAAGCUAGUAGAACGGGAUGUGAACAAAGCCAAGCAGCAGCUGAAAUUUCACAGCAGUGGUAACAAAAUGUCUCCAGAAGUGAAAAGCAGAGUGGAUGAGGUGAUCAUAUUUCUGAAGAAGAAUGUUAUCCUGACUGGAGGGUUUGCUGGAGGAUUCCUGCUUGGAAUGUCAUCCUAGAAACUGAUCUCAACUCUCCCUUCAUGCCCGGCCUCCCUUGCCCUCCUCUACUGCUGUUCUCUCUCACUUAGAAGUCAAAGGAUGUUGCUGACAGGCUCAGUCCCUUCUGCUCCCAGGUUCCAGCUCUUGUUUUAUAAAACACUGCUUCUGAUUUCCAACUUCUUCCUCUGUCUGGGCUGUUAGGGUGCUGGGACUGGUCCAAAAGCUUACGGCUCCCUGUGUGUCAUUGUGAUUCCUUUCCCCACCAAUCAGGCCCAGUCCCAAAUUUUCUGAUCGGUUGUGGCCUCAUAAACAUGAAGUGGCAGAGAAAUCUCUUAAAUGUGCUUCCUCCCAGGUGCUCAGGGCUGUUACAUGUACAUUUGUCUGCCAGUAUAUGUGUACAACAGCUGUCAGCUCUUCACUGCUGUUUAGCUUGCACUUUUUCUGCCCUGGUACCUGGAAAACCUGUGCUUCCCUCUGCACAGAGAUGGUGUGUGCAAUCCAAAAUGAGCUUGGCUGUCCUGGGGUGGAUGAAGAAGUGUUGGGAGACAGCCUGGGCUGUGUCCAGGGCAGGUGAAUAAUGAGCAAGUUCAUGCUAUAUGUGGUGCUGGGGGUUCUCCUGGCCACCCCCUGCCAUUGCACUGCACAUAGAUGGCCAUUUGACUUCUCUGCUGUUAUUUAUAUCCCUACUGGAAUUGCAGCACUGGCACUGAUGGAAACUGAGCACCAUGAGUGAUUCUCCAGGCCCUUUCCUCAUCAUGUGUUCUGAAAGUCACCAAGCCUCCUUCACUGUAGGGUGUGUUUCUCGCUUGCUAGCUGACUGCUCAGCUUUUGAAAUGUGCUGAGGUGCUCUGUUGUGGUAGGCAGGCUUCCAGCAUGCUUGACCUGUCUGUGUCAGGCUAGCUGGCUCAGGUGGUGUAUGUUUCAGCUGUGCCACUUACUGUAAAUCACCUUGGGCCUCAGACUGGAGUUUCUAGGUCUACCAUGACCUUCUCUGGCCGCUUUGUUUUUGGUGAUGCUCUUAGAGCUAUAACCAUGUGGGACAGGGUUGUAGGCAUGAAAUACAUCCAUGUUUAGCAUACAUUAUAUUGGUCCAAGUUCCCUCUUGCCAGCUCUACUGGAAUGUUGGUGGGGGAGGGUGUGAAAUCUGGAGUGCGGUCCUUUACCUGCCUCUGCAGAGCACAAAUUCCAUCCCCCUGGUCUCUGCAAGCAACUGAAAUAACAAAACUGUUGGGGGAACCAGGUUGUACUCUUGUGGGAGUGGCUUAUUUCCAUACUUUCCUCCCUGGUUAUGUUCCUUCCUUCUUUACAUUUACCAUUUCCACAAAAAAGCUGCUUGCUUAAUUCCAUCAGCUGCAGCCCUUCUCCUCCAGGUGAUGAGGCAGCCCAGAUGCAGAGCUCAGGUGGUUUUGGACAGUCUGUCCCAGUGCAGCUGUGUGCAGAGGUGAUCUACAUUGGCUGAGCUGGUGUUACCACUCUCCAUGGCGUGGGGACUUGCCUGGUAGCAGGGUGAUGUCCUCCAGUAGUAGGCGUUCUUGCCGAGAAUGUUGGCUGUGUUGGGGUUUUUUUUGUGGGUUUUUUUUUGUUUGUUUGUUUGUGGUUUUUUUUUUUAUGUGAAAGCUCAUCCUUCAAUGGGAAACAUGCUAGGGAAUGAUGAUGCGCAUGGGUGAUAGGGAUGCAGCACCUGGCUCAGCAACUGCACCCUGUCUCCAGUGCUGUGUAGUGCCUUUUUGAUUAUCUGCUGCUGCUCUCAGAAUGGCUAGAAGUGGGCAUCUUCCCCUGAGAGCUGCUGGAAGAUUUGGAAUGAUGGGUUCUUCCACCAGAGAUUUUGGGAUGAGCACUUGCAGUUGUCAGUUUUGUUUCAGCUCUGUUGAUUGAAGUGUCAGUGUAGCAACAUAUUGAUUUAGCUGAGGUUUUCUUGCCUUCAGGAUCUGAAAAGAGGCUGCAGGUAAUCAGGAAACAGAAACAGGUAUCUUUGCUCCUGUCCUGCCAUACAUGGCCAAGGAGAACAAAAGAGCAGCUGGGCUCAUGUCCUUUUAACUAUGGUCUUCCUAAAAGCCACCCAGGAGUGAUGUGAUGCAGCAAAUAGGCCUUCAGUAAACUGGUGUUUGGGAGUGGAGUGACAGAUGAUGGUGGUGGUUUUGGGGUUCGUUUUUUUUUUUUUGGUAGGAACCCUGCAGGGCUGAACAUGCAUGAAUUUAUACAUUUGUAUUGCAGGGUGUCUCUUGUUCCUGUAGGAAAGCAGCAUUGCUGCCCUUUGCCUGGUGUGCUGCAAAACACAACUUCUUCUGAGAUGCACUAAUCUCCACAAAGCUUUCUCCAAUGACAAAGCUCAAAAUAAAUCAUAAACAGACCUUAGGGAUGUUUUUCAGGCAUGAAUAAGUCACUCCUCCUGCCCAGCCCCUGGGAAGGAUAUACUGGGUUCUGCUCCACAGGGCCCUGACUUGCUGCUAUGGAGAGAAGUGGCCCAGAGAUGGAGCUAAAAUGCCUCAGUUGCUGCUGGAAGGGGAAACAAAUGACAAAUUCAUGUUGAGUUUGAUAUGAAUGCAGGCGGGGAAUGGACAAGGACAUCAGGAUCCGGCAAAUCUUUCUGCUGUGCCAGUGUUGGGCUUGUGGCUGGCACCGUUUGAUGCUGUGGGCCCACACUGGAAGCUUUGAUGCUGAAUCAGCCUCUGUGGGGAUGCAUUUUCAUUGUUGCAGGUGCCAAGAUGAGGUGUUUCCUCCCCCUUCCCGUCACUGCUCCUUUUGGUCUUGUUUCAAUAACUUCUGGCAUCUGUUCCAGUAUAAGAAGGUUUAAAACACACUAGGCUUUUAAAAUGUUUUUAUAUAUUGUAUGUAAAUGCUUGCUGAAGUGAUAUUUUAUUAAACAGUUUUGCUCUAAAA